UUUUUUUUCCCGGGCGGGGGGUGGACCGAGAGAGAAUCGCCAGGAGGGGGAUGCUUUGCGGGGCUUUCGAGGCCCGACGGGAGUUGAAGAUUACCGAGUGAAACAAGGGAGAAAUGGCGUCCGCGGACGUGGACAGCAGUCAAAGCGACUUUCUGCAAGAAACGCAGACGACAGACAUGUCUGCCAUUCAGCUGUCGGGAUCAGACCGCUGGGAGGUGUUGACGCCCGUCUCGGCCACCAAGGACGACCUCAACGGCGGCAUCGUCACGUCCAACGGGCAGUACGUGCUUCCCCUCAGCAGUCUCCCCAACCAACCCAUCUACGUCACGGCGCCCGGGGGCGAGGCGGCGGCCAAUGGCGUAUCGGGCAUUCAGUAUCAGAUCCAAAACACGGACGGAACGCUGACGAGCUUCCAGACGCAAGGCAUGGACGACGGCACGGGGCAGAUCCAGCUCCUCCAAGACGGCAGCCAAGGCGGCAUCGGAAUCAGCUGCGCGACGGCGGCCACCACGGACCUCUUGACGCAGGCGGGGCAAGCGCAGUCCAUUCAGGGCCUCCCGCUGGCCGGGGGCUCGGCGUACCCCGUGGGGUUGCCCGGCAACAUCACCUUCGUGCCCAUCAACAGCGUGGACCUGGAGUCGCUGGGCCUGACGGCGGCACAGACGUUACCCAUCGCCACGGGCGUGACGCCGGAGGGUCAGCUGAUCAUGAGCAACCAGACCCUGGAGAGCGCCGGGCAGGACGGCAAGCUGACGGUGGGGGGCGACGGCAACCAGGAGCUCUACGUGCCCACCUCCGAGGCCCCCUCGCAGCUCCCCGCCACCAUCGACGGGACGGGCGUGCUGACCCAGGCCACGGCCGUGUCGGCCGGCGUGGCGGACCCCUCCUCCUCUUCGGAGAACUUUAAUUCCCACCUGCAGCAGAUCCAGGUGUCGUCCUCCAGCGCCGCCACCCUCUCGCAGCCCAUCCUGCAGCUGUCGGGCGACGGUCAAGCUCAGGUGGCGGCGGGCCAGGACCUGAACGCAGCGGCGGCGGCGGCCAGUCAGACCCUUCAGAGCGUCCAGCUGGUCAAUCCGGGGACUUUCCUCAUCCAGGCCCAGACGGUCAGCCCCACCGGGCAGAUCCAGUGGCAGACGUUCCAGGUUCAGGGUGUCCAGUCGCUUCAGGGGCUCCAACUGCCUCAGGGGCAGGGCCAGCAGCUGACUUUGGCCCCGGUGCAGACCCUCCCCCAGGUCAGCCUGCCCAACCUCCAAACUGUGACCGUGAACUCGUUGACCCAAAGCGGGGUUCAGUUCACGCAGCAGAGCGACGACACCGGCAGCCCGGCCGGCAUCCACAUCAAGGAGGAGCCCGAAUCGGAGGAGUGGCAACUGGCCAACGAUUCCACGCUCAACCCCAGCGACCUGAACAACCUGCGCGUGCAGAUGGCCGCCGCCGACGACGACGUGGACGGCGCCAGCGGCGAAGGCAAGAGGCUGCGGAGGGUGGCCUGCACCUGCCCCAACUGUAAAGAGUCCGGAGGAAGAGGGUCCGGGCUGGGCAAGAAGAAACUGCACAUCUGCCACAUCGUCGGCUGCGGCAAAGUUUACGGCAAGACGUCUCACCUGCGCGCCCACCUGCGCUGGCACAGCGGCGAGCGGCCCUUCGUGUGCAACUGGAUGUACUGCGGCAAGCGGUUCACCAGGAGCGACGAGCUGCAGAGACACAGGAGGACGCACACAGGCGAGAAGAAGUUUGUGUGCGGCGAGUGCUCGAAGCGCUUCAUGCGCAGCGACCACCUGGCCAAGCACAUAAAGACUCACCAGAACAAAAAAGGCGGCGCGCCCGCCGCGUCGUCGUCGCCCCUGCCCGCCGACACCGUCAUCACGGCCGACGGCACCACGCUCAUCCUGCAGUCGGCCGCCGCCCACAACCUGGUGGCCAAUCAGGAGAUCCCCCUGCAACUGGUCACCGUGGCGCCCGGCGAGGCCGUCGAAUGAGGGCGGGACGCAGGGAGGCGGGGUGAGAGAACUCAUAAGGACCUCCUCUCUUCUUCUUCUUCUUCUUUGGUUUCUUUUUUUUCCCUUUUUGUUUUUUUACAUAUGAAUAUAAAUAUAUAUGACAAAUAUAUAUAUUUUAAGUAAGAGUUAUCCAGACUUUGCUUUUGCAGUCUUUUUAUAGGCCAGUGGAAGCGUUCAAAAUGGUUGCUAAUCCACACACACACACACACGCACGCACGCACACACACGUCAUACCCAAUGAAAUGCCUUAUUUUGUAUCAUAGUCGUGUAUAAAAUUGCUGGCGGCGCACAUGUGUGCGCGCGCUUUUAUUUUAAUUUCAAUUCGCGGAACGACUCCCCUGACGCGCCGACGUCGGCAAAAGCCGUAACGCGAAAUGAAAACGAUUCUCCGAUCGUGGUAACGUCGCUAGCCAAUAAAAAUAAAACGUCGUCGCCUCGGAGAUGGUUUUGCGAAUGCUAGGCUAACAUAAUGCUAAAUGGAUGUGGGUGGGGGGGGUGGCGGCUAAGUGCGUUUAUCAUAGGGAGUGCCAUCUUGUUGAAGGUCGGCGUGGAUGUCUUUGUCAAAACUUCUAAUGCAAAAAGUUCACUUGAAUUAUGAAUUAUUAGUAUUUUUUUUUUGUUCCCCCUCCGCACUAUUAAGUUGUGCACUAAAGUUAAUUUAAUUUAUCCUUUUUUGUCACUUCCGGCUGCUUUGGACGUGGUCGCGGAUGCUAGGCUAACGCGCUAACGCUAGGUGGAUUUCACCGUAUGUGCUGGAGAAUAAAUGUCACAGGUUAAAUGUCUGAUAUAACAGCCAUGUGUUUUGUUUUGGGUUUUUUUUUUUUUAGUUGUGCACUAAAUUAAAAUUUUAAAAAAAGUCCCAAUCAUGGUCGUGUCGCAGGAGAACGUUUCCUGGAAGAAAUCAUUUCUGGUCACCUUGGAGAGGAUUUUACAAAUGCUAACUUGGCUUUCCAAAAUGUCGGGAAAAGUUGAAAUGUGGAUUUUGGGGGGUGGGGGCCACAAAAUGUGCAACAAUAUUUUUUUCCCCUUUUUUGUUUCUCUGCAAAUUUCUUUUUUUUUUUUUUUGUCGCUUUUCUUCGUCAAUCCAUCAAACGCGCAUCUCCAAAUUGUUUUGGAUUUUCGAUCCGACAAACAGCCAAACAUUUCUUUUUCCCGGACGAUAAGAAAAUGAACUCUCAAAAUGUUUUUUUUUUUUUGGUAGUAUUUUUUUGUUUUGUUUUGUUUUUGUUUUUUUUGGGCGAUAAGUUCCUGUUUGGGGCGAACGGAUGCAACAAAUUGUAGCAGCAAAACAUUCCAGUCCGGAUAUGAGGCGAGAUUCCGUUCUUGCAAUAAACCACGCGUGGCCAUGUGUGUGCUUGAAAAUUGAAAAAAACAAAACCACCAAACAAUCACGCUAAUUAUUAUUUUUUUUUCUUGGUUUAUUGUUUUCCUCCAUGUAUAAUCCUCAUGUUUGUAGCAUUUAUUUACAUGUGUAUGAUCUUAUUGUUUAUAGAAGCCAUCACUUAGUCGACGCAAUUUAUUUCAAUGUAUCGAAACCUUAUUUUAAAAUGAUUUUUUUUUUUUUUUUAAGCGGUGUAAAAAUUGAAUGUUACCUUUUUUUGUAAAACCUUUUUUCAAAUGGAUCACAAUAAAGUCUGAAACAUUCAUUCAACAUUAGUUUUUGACGUCAG